AUGGGUUUCGACGCGUCGUUGCUCAAAAGUGUGCUCGAGCAGUUCGUCGAUGAGAUUGGCGAGGAGUCUGUCGAUUUGAUUGAAGACCGUCCGCGCUUUGCUCACGCCGUUGUCGUGGUUACUGACGACGCGACUGGAGAACUGUGCCAAGCUUCCUGCAUCAGACAACUGGACGAUGUCAUCCUCCAUGAGACCAGUGUUGCAAAUGUAACCUCUGAAUGGAUGGACGAGGAGAUCCAACGCGCGCUCCGUGAGCUCACCGAGUCGCGAGGAUUGCUCGAUCCGACGCCACGGAACAGUGUGUUCGUUGAGGAGAAGCACGAGAAUCAGAAGACUGUCACCACCACCACGACUAGCGCGGAGACUAAUCGAAGUACUAGUAGCCGAGUAGAGUUCCCGUCAAUGAAUCGUCGUACCCGUUCAACUUCCGCCGCUCGUCGUUUCCACUGA